AUGCCUUCUCCAUUAGCUGACCCCGUUCAGCUCCCUUGUGGACUGGUUCUACCGAACCGACUUUCCAAGGCAGCGAUGGCUGAGAUGAUAGCCAGGGACAACAAACCAAACAAGACUCUCUCAGAUGCAUAUGCACAAUGGUCCCAGGGUGGAUGGGGCAGUAUUCUAACCGGAAACGUCCAAGUCGACGUCAACCACCUGGGCAGUCCAUUUGAUCCCGCUCUGCACAGCGAAUACAAAGGCGAGACCGACCUAAUUGCCGAAUGGAAACUUUACGCAGAUACAUGCCAAAAGCACGGCACGCCCGCCAUCGUCCAGAUCUGUCAUCCAGGCCGUCAGUCAUUCCGGAUAGCGGGUCAUCGAGGCAUUUUCGCAAACACCCUUGCGCCAAGCGCGGUGCCAAUCAAUCUUGGAAAUGGGCUAGUCGAAAGAUUAAUCGCCUGUAUAGCAUGGACAACACCUCGGGAGAUGUCGCGAGCUGAUAUCGAGAGUGUUAUUCGGCAGUUUGUGGAUGCGGCACGGUUGAUGGCCGAUGCUGGGUUCUCGGGGAUAGAGUUACAUGGCGCACAUGGGUAUCUGAUUGAUCAAUUCCUCAACGCAAAGACCAACCUUCGCACCGAUGAGUAUGGCGGCACACCCGCCAAACGCGCCCGCUUCGUACUAGAGCUCCUCACCGAAAUCCGCAAAGUGGUCCCCGCAACCUUCUGCAUCGGUAUCAAGCUCAAUUCCGCAGAUCACAGCAGCGCCACAUUUGAAGAAACAAUGACGCAGAUCGGGCUCCUCGUUGAUGCGGGGAUCGAUUUCAUGGAGAUCAGUGGCGGAACGUACGAAGAUCCCCUCAUGAUGGCGCACCGGGAUACCCAGAACGAGAACUCAGGCCCUGUCAAUCAGGAGCCCAAGUCCGAGCGCACGUCUGCACGCGAGGCAUUUUUCCUUGAAUUCGCCAAGGAGGUUAGGAUGCGGUAUCCUGGUCUCGUGUUGAUGUUGACGGGCGGAUUCCGGAGCCGUGUCGGUGCCGAGUCGGCGAUUCGGGAUGGAGCGUGUGAUCUUGUUGGUAUCGGGAGACCGGCUGCUGUUGAACCUGGGUUUCCGUUGAGAUUACUUGAUGAGACUGUUGGGGAUGAGGAGGCGGUUUGUUAUUUGAAUAAGGCGCCGACGCCGUUCUAUGCACAGUGGUUACCGAGGAAUCUUAUUGGGGCUGGAGCUGAGACGACAUAUUAUGCUCGUCAGAUUCGGCGAUUGGCAAAUGGUUUGGCGACUAUUGCUCCAGCCUUGUCAUAG